AUGGAUAUUGCUCGAGCUGGUGUCGAGCCUGUCGUGGUCAAGUUCUAUCGCCAAUACAUGCAGCAGAUCAAUGAGCUGAGCUAUCCCCCCGGCUCGCUGCUGCUCGCUCCAGACAUCCAGACGUGCUUGUACAAGUAUUUUUUCGAUGUAAGCCAGAACAAGUUUCUGCCUCCACCACGGUAUCAGACCAAAGUCCUGCGCCAGAUCAUCAGGGAGAUUGAAAAGACAAUCAAAGACCCCGAAGAAGAACAAGUGUCCGACCAGUUAUAUGAACACCUAGGCUACCUCUCCGCGAUCCCGCUCCAGGACCCGUCAGAAGAGGCUCAACAACUUCGUGUUCACUCCUACUAUCCACCGCUUCCGUUCGACCAGCCUGGCGUCCAGCCCGUCCUGAUCAAAGAAGCACACAACCUUCUCUCCAAGGGUAACAACGUCGGACUCCGCACCUGGGAAGGAUCUCUCCAUCUUGCGUGGUACUUGACGGCCCAGCGACCCGAGCUGGUCAAAGGGAAAAACGUGCUCGAGCUUGGCGCGGGGACGGGCCUUUUAUCACUUCUUUGCGCCGGACAAUUGCACGCUUCAUCCGUCCUGGCAACCGAUGGCUUGGGCCACGUAUGCGAAUGCCUAGAAGCCAAUAUUGAACUCAACGUGCAGAACAAUACCCUGCAGAGCGGUCGACCGCCGCAAGUCCUGCAAUUGGACUGGACGGACCGUGAAGCCAUCGAUGGGCUCGUGCAGAAUGUCAAAAGCUCAGGCGCGAGCUAUGACCUGGUCAUAGGGUCGGAUAUCACCUACCACCCGGACAUUCUACGACCGUUGGCUCAAAUCCUCAGCACUGUGAAGGACUGUUCUCCCGACGUGGUCAUCCUCAUCUCGGCAGCCAUCCGCAGCGACACGUUCUGGCAAUUCACGACGAUCUGUCGCGACGAGUUCGGGUUCAGCGUCGUGGAAGAAGACGUCCACAUCCCUGACGGACUCCAGUACUCUGGCUUUUUCCACUCAGUCAUCACGCCCAUCAAAGUCGUCUCUCUCCAGCGGUGA